CCUCCGCUCCCGCACGGACUCCGCUGCUCUCCGUUUAGCCGCGGCCCGCGGGGGCGCAUCGCAGCCGUGUGCCGGCCUCCGCCCCAGUCCGGUCCGGUAUGCCGGGCUCGGUUCGGCCGGUCGGCUCGGGAGUCCCGCCGCUGUGAAGAAGUAGAGUCGGAAGAAAUAAGACCGCCUCCUGCCGCCGCGCAGCGCUGCGCUCCGCGGCCUGGAAGCACAACAUGUCGACCAGAACGCCAUUACCCACACUGAGCGAGCGAGAAACCGAACACCACAUGUCUGGAGAAGGCCGAAGCCCCGAGGUGCUGGCACCGCCUGCCAAGUCAGCCAAUCGCCACAGCCUGCCGCGCUGCCGCAACUCCGUGGCCUCCAUCACUGACGAGCAACCACACGUCGGUAACUACCGCCUCCUCAAGACCAUCGGCAAGGGAAACUUCGCCAAGGUCAAACUGGCUCGGCACACGCUGAUUGGCCGAGAGGUUGCCGUCAAGAUCAUCGACAAGACGCAGCUGAACCCCACAAGUCUCCAGAAGCUUUUUCGUGAAGUCAGCGUCAUGAAGAUCCUCAACCACCCCAACAUCGUGAAACUGUUUGAGGUGAUUGAGACAGAGAAGACGCUCUACCUGAUCAUGGAGUACGCCAGCGGAGGUGAAGUCUUUGACUACCUUGUUGCCCAUGGACGGAUGAAGGAGAAGGAGGCACGAGCCAAGUUCAGACAGAUUGUGUCAGCGGUGCAGUAUUGUCACCAGAAGAGGAUCGUCCACCGAGAUCUCAAGGCAGAGAAUCUACUGCUGGACUCUGAGAUGAACAUCAAGAUUGCAGACUUCGGCUUCAGUAAUGAAUUCACUGUCGGCACCAAACUGGACACCUUCUGUGGUUCCCCCCCCUACGCUGCACCUGAACUCUUCCAGGGGAAGAAGUACGACGGACCCGAAGUGGACGUCUGGAGUCUGGGAGUCAUUCUGUACACGCUGGUCAGCGGAUCACUGCCUUUUGAUGGACAGAACCUCAAGGAGCUGAGAGAGCGUGUGCUCAGGGGGAAGUACCGCAUACCGUUCUACAUGUCCACCGACUGUGAGAACCUGCUGAAGAAGCUGCUGGUUCUAAACCCUGGAAAACGAGGCAGCCUGCAGCAAAUCAUGAAGGAGCGCUGGAUGAAUGUCGGGUACGACGACGAUGAGCUGAGACCAUUUUCAGAACCAGAACCGGAUGUUAAUGAUACGAGCCGGAUAGAGCUGAUGGUGACGAUGGGCUUCCCAAGAGACGAGGUCAGCGAGGCCCUGAUUGGUCAGCAAUACAAUGACGUCAUGGCAACCUACCUGCUGCUGGGGAGGAAACCUAACGAGCAGUUUGAAGGAGGGGAGUCCUUGUCCAGCAGUAACCUGUGUCAAAGGUCACGACCCAGCAGUGACCUCAACAACAGUUCCAGCCAAUCCCCAGCCCACACCAAGGUCACACGCAGCGCCUCAGCCAGUCAGAAACAGCGGCGGUUCAGCGACCACGUGCCGCCCUCCAUCCCGCCCGCCAUGUCCUACACCAAGCGCUGCCAGGUCAACAGCAUGGAGAGUGACAGGAAGGAGGAGUUGGCCGCCACUGGCUCCAAGAGCGACGUGCCGGCAUCUCCGCUGGGUGCACAGGACAGGAGGAAGUCGGCUACGGUCUCAGGGAGCAGCGGUUCCGUGACGCGGAGGAACACAUAUGUCUGUGAGAGGACGAGUACGGACCGCUACUCAGCCAUUCCUAAUGGGAAGGACAGCAGUUUAACUGAGGUAUCCUCAGUUGCCGGUAGUGCCUCCCCAUCACCAGGUGCAACUCCAUCCCUCCCCUCCACUCGCCCCCGACACGUGAAAUCCAUGUCAGCGUCCGGCCACCCAAUGAAAUCUUCCCUUCCUCCGAUAGACGACAACGCAGAGUACCAGAGCCCCCCCUGCCCCCCUUCCUCCUCCCCCUCUGCCCACAGCAUCAGCAGCAGUGGUGCCACGCCGGACCGGAGCCGCUUCCCACGCGGUUCCUCCAGCAGGUCCACCUUCCACGGGGCUCAGCUCCGAGACCGGCGCUCCGCCACCUACAACGGACCCCCGGCCUCCCCCUCCCUUUCCCACCACACCGGCAGCCUCACACCCGCCCGCCACGGGACCUCCACUGGCAUCAUCGGCAAGCUCACCUCCAAGUUUGCACGAAGGAGCAUAUCAGGGGAGCCCAAGGAAGAGCCAAGGGAUUCGAAGCCUCGCUCGCUACGCUUCACGUGGAGCAUGAAGACCACAUCCUCCAUGGACCCAGGAGACAUGAUGAGGGAGAUACGGAAGGUCCUGGAUGCCAACAACUGUGACUACGAGCAGCGCGAGCGCUUCCUGCUUUUCUGCGUCCACGGUGACGCCCGUCAAGACAGUCUAGCCCAGUGGGAGAUGGAGGUGUGCAAGCUGCCCCGCCUGUCCCUCAACGGUGUGCGCUUCAAGAGGAUCUCAGGCACGUCCAUCGCCUUUAAGAACAUCGCUUCCAAAGUGGCUAAUGAGCUCAAGCUGUGAAGUUGGUAUGACUGAAACAAAUUAAAUCUUUAAAAAAAGGUUUUGUUCUUCAACUCUCCCAGGAUAAAACUUCACAGAAUUAUGGGUUCAGCACCAGUCCAAGUUGCCUGCUGUCUGUUCAGUUACACCAGUCCCUAAACAAGUCUCAUUCAUUCAUUCCGGGGUGGGGUCGCGGUGGCAGCAAGCUAAGUAGGGCACUCCAGACAUCCCUCUCCCCAGCAACGCCCUCAGCUCCUCCUGAGGGAUCCCAAGGCGUUCCCAGGCCAGGUUGGACAUAUAGUCCCUCCAGCGAAUUCUGGGUCUACCCUGGGGUCUCCUCCCAGUUGGAUGUGCCCGGUAAACCUCCAAAGGAAGGCGCCCAGGAGGCAUCCUAAUCAGAUGCCCGAACCACCUCAACUGGCUCCUGUCGAUACAAAGGAGCAGCGGUUCUACUCCGAGCUCCCUCCGGAUGUCUGAGCUCCUCACCCUAUCUCUAAGGCUGAGCUCAGACACCCUACGGAGGAAACUCAUUUCAGCCGCUUGUAUCCGCGAUCUCACCCAAAGCUGAUGACCAUAGGUGAGGGUUGGAACAAGGAUUGACAGGUAAAUUGGGAGCUUUGCCUUCCAGCUCUGCUCCCUCUUCACCACAGGGCAGUACAACGUCCGCCUCACUGCUGAUGCUGCGCCAACCUGCCUGUCAAUCUCCUGCUCCAUCCUCUCCUCACUGGUGAACAAGACCCCGAGAUACUUGAACAAGUCCCAUUAAAUCCAAAUGCUACAAUAAAGCCAGCACUGCAUUCUCAAGCCGCUCUCUGCUGCCUGCAAGUAAAUCAGAAGAUCUCACUGAACAACUCCAGCAGUCCGUCCCGAACAAAGCCCAGACUCUGAGAUUCGGGGCUGCUGGUGAUGAAGAUGGUGAUUGUGCGUGUCUGCUUGAAAUAGAAUGCAUAUUCGUUUAUCUGACAGAAAACGCUACAACUUCUAUUCUCGCAAAGCACCGGCACUUCUCCCGGUGGCUGGUUCUAAUACCAUGAGGGAAAAAACUCCAUUGCUGCAAUAACAUCCGAUGAUAUUAGCUAAUAUCUGCUCGUGGUAGCUUGAGGUAACGUCUUCGCUUGGCGAGAACUGACAGAGCUCUCUUUUUCCACUUGUACAGUUGAAACAAAACUGAAUGUGUUUUAUUUCUCCGUUCCUCGAUAGAAGGAGUGGGUGUUGUAUAGUUUGGGUUUGUAAAACUGAAAACCUGGUCUAUUUGGUUCUCUGUACUUACGUCUCUGGGUUGUUUGAAUCUACCCAAGUGUAAAUUUGGUCGUUUUGUUUUUUUUUCUUUUACUUCCUAUUUUUACUUUUUUUACUCACAAGAUGAUAGAGAAGAGAAUCUUAUUUUUUAUUUUCCAUCAAAAAUGAGUUCCUUUUGAUGGGACAGGAGAGAGACACUAAGUGCAUAGAUUGAAACGUCCCUCGACCCAAAACCGUGACCACACGCCUCCUGCUAAUGACACACCUCCUGCUAGCAAAGCCUCACCAUUAUAUCAGCUUCAAAUAUUAUGACCCCCCCCAGCCCAGCUCAUCCCCAGAGCUGCCAGACCCCCGCAAAACCUCUCAUCCAACCUCCCAUCUCAGGGCCACAGGGAGACCACUUGACCAAAGGACCACCCCCUCUCUCACAUAUUUGGGCAGUGAAGAAUUCAUCUUUUGUCUCAUCACCAGACAAAACGGAAAACCUCUUACCAGAACAACAACACAGCCUUCAUCCUCAGUCUUCGUACUGUAGAUUUAACCAACCGGCAACCUGUGGGGAAGUCCAAAUCACCUGUACCAGCUAGGGCUGUGUAUUGGCGAGAACCUGGCGAUACGAUGCGUAUCACGAUACAGGGGUUACGAUUCAAUAUAUUGUGAUACUGUAAAAAAGGCGAUAUAUUGUGGUUUCAUAGGCCUGUGUUCUUUGUGCUUAUGCUACUUCCUGUCUCAGUUUACGUUGUUGCGUUGGCGUGGAAGAGUCACAUGGCUGAAGAUAGAUUACAACACUGUUGUCUAGCGGCCGUGGGGUUACACACAAUGUUUGUCACGAACCUUUACAUGUAAAAAAUAAUGGAUAGCGUGAUUUUGAGAAUCGAUACAGCAUCACAAAAGAUAAUAUCGCGAUACUUGAGUAUAUCGUUAUUUUUUUUACACCCCUAGUACCAGCAGCUGGUUUUCUAUUCUAGCAGGAAGUUCAUUACUGUUCCCGGUGUAGAACCUACCUGAAGGGGGCCUGAAUAACUGGAACAGGUAAAUGUAAUUAACUACCUGCCAGAAUAGAAAACCAGCACUAUUGCUGGCACCUGAGGACCUGAUUGAGGACCACCACGUGACUCCACUCGCUGAGCUACCUAAGAAGGGGAUUAGGUGAUAUGAGAAGUUUGUCUGUGGAUCCUCUAUGGAGCUACGUAAAGGAAGUCCUCAGAGAAUCCACCAGUUGACCGAAGCACGUCAAAGCCCGGCAGGUUCCUGUGGAUCUAGCUUAAAGCUCGAUGAGCAAAAGUCACCUGCACUGCUCGAGAUGCAUGGAGACUUCAGCACACCUGAGAUCCACCAGAACCUGGACAGGCUUGAUCAGGGAUGUUUAGCUUGAGUUGUGAUACAACCUGAUCAGUGUCUUUUCAACUACCGCUUUUCCGUGGCAGAAACGAGUUAAUAAACAAAUCUUGAUUCAUCGUUGUACGUAAACGCUAUACUGAAAAUGUAAAUGUCAUUUCAUGUCAUUUUCCAUAUAGUGAUAGUUUCUGUUUAUGAACUGGAAAUUUAUCUUGUUUUCAUCAGGUCGUGGACAAACAUUUUUUGAAAUAGUUUGCAUAAACAAGAUUAUGCGACCCUCGUUACGCGAUUAGAAUCAAAAUUGUCUCAAUUUUUUUUCCAGAAUCCGAGUUAGAACUAAAGAACUUCUACUCAGUUAUCGGCUCAUUUCAUCAUCAUCAUCAGUUCCGUAACCUAUGGAGGUCGUAGGAGCACAGCUGAUGCCUCAACAGGUUGAGUCAUCAUUGUGUUUCAGUAGGGGGAGUGCCUGGUGGUCCCUACCUCCUCUCCAGGUAUGGAUGGUCGUUGGUUCACAGAGGAACUCAUCCGCCCUUUGACAGGUUUUGUUUUUAGUCCCGCUGGGUGUCCACAUACCCUCCUCACAACAACCCAAGGGUUGAAGUAGGGGUGCCAGUUUAGUCGCCGACGACCUGGCGGUUGCAAGUAGUUCAGCGUCGUACCCAGGACCAGGCUCAUUUCACCAUGGGAGAAAAAAAAAGGUAGUUGAGAGUUUUUGUUAACAAAAUGAUCACUGAAGUUGAUGCUAAAAGUCGAAUUGUGUUCCCCUCCAGAUGAUCUGUACUGAGGUGCUGGUUUUGGUGUGAUGAUGAUUACUGGUAGAUGUCCAUGUAUUGAGUCCAUCACUUGAACCAUUCAUCCUGCAUCACCUGUUAGUUUCCUGCCUCCCUGCCCCUACAGACUCUUCAUCGGUGAAUACUUUCCAUGUCCGUUAACAGAACCACUGACAGCGGUACGUUUCUGCCUGGUACUUCUGAGGUCCUGGGGUGGUUGUACUAGAGGAACAAAUAACGCUUAACUAGAGAUGAACAGGUAAUGCAAAUAUGACUCCUUGCUUGUUCCAGGGGGCGCGGCCUGAAUAUGGUAAUUGGCUACAGAGCUGUGACACCCCAAAACAACUUGCUGCGCUGCUGAUGUGCACGUGCAUUAUGGGAGUCGAAGACCUUAAUGUGAACUCCACCCUGUCUUCAGCAUGCCAGCCAGUCAUCUUGUAGGAACUGGGAGCAAUAUGCUAAAAAGAAAAAUCCUUUACUCCUUACUGUGCCUGGUCCCUCCUCUGAGCAGUGGCUGUUUGUAGGUGGGCCGGGGGCGUGGCCUCAGCAGACCAAUAGCAGAGGAAAAAGGUUUAAGAACACGUAGACGCUAACUUUGCCCCUCUCCCACCCCCUCAUAACCAGGAUGAAGGCUUGAAAAGUGCACAAUAAUAAAGCUGACU